AUGGAGAACAAUGGAACUGACGACAGAGUAUCAUCAUUAUCCAGCGAAGAGAUUGCAUUAUCUCGUUCUGUUCGAUUCUGGCUUUUCCUUGGAUUCGAAAUACCAUCGAUGGCUUGCUCUCUAUUUAUUCUCUAUCAUUUCAUUAUGGAUCCAAUUUUACGUCAUUCAUUACAUCAUCAUACUAUCAUGGCUAUGAAUAUUUGUGCAUUCGUGAUCGAAAUCAUAGACAUUCCAUUUCAACUUAACUUUCUUCUAGCGGGCAGUGUAUGGCCGCAAAUAUCAGCUUAUUGUCUCGUAUGGAUGUUCGUAGGUUUCGGUUUCUAUUAUACAUGUUGUAUGUUAGCUGCGUGGGCUUCGAUUGAACGACACAUAUUUGUGUUUCAUGAUCAAUGGUUAGCUAGUCGAAAGGGACGCUUACUCGCUCAUUACCUCCCAUUAGUCUUCAUAAUUGUCUACAUGAGUAGUUUUUAUAUUGUGGGUAUUUUCUUUCCACCCUGUGACAAUACGUUUGACUAUACAUCACCAAUGUGUGGUGGAGUACCCUGCUAUAGCAUGCAUCCAAUAAUAGGUGUAUAUGAUGCAGUUGUACAUGGUUGUCUGACUACUCUGAUCAUUACUGUUUUUAGUAUUGGUUUACUAAUUCGUCUCGUAUUACAAAAGCGUCGUCGUCGUCAAGUAAUGCAAUGGAGUAAGCAUCGCAAAUUGACUGUACAAUUGUUGUCAAUAACAUCAAUUUUCAUUAUUGUCAACUUACCAAUUGCAGUAAUGAGUGUUAUUUAUCUGUUAUAUUUACCGGUCGAUAUAGAUGUUAAUGUCAUGCUCUAUUGUGAUUUUGUAGGUUACCGGGUGAUUCUUUUUCUACCUUUCGUCUGUUUACACUCGUUACCAGAUAUGAAAAAGAGAAUAAAGAAUACUUUUUAUAUUUCACGUCGACACCAAGCAAUGGUUGGAGUUGCUUCAGUGUUACGCACUACUAAUACUGCCUUACGACGACAAGAUCUGUAA